GAACAAACAGUCUUUCCAUCAGAUCAGACGGUCAUUAAUGCCCCCUGAUUCUUCUUCUCCUCUUCAUCGUCUCUUAAAUGGCAUUAGCGAGUGUAUUUAGUUUACCGAAUUUUCUAGACCUUCGCAAGCUUCUUCAAUGGCGAAUCUUCCCACCGUUCUCGUAACCGGUGCCAGUGGCAGAACAGGCCAGAUUGUUUACAAGAAGCUGAAGGAGAGGUCAGACAAGUUUGUGGCAAAGGGUCUAGUGAGGACUCCAGAAGGAAAAGAGAAAAUUGGAGGAGAAGCUGAUGUUUUCAUUGGGGAUAUAACGGAUGCUCAUAGCAUUAUCCCUGCAAUUCAAGGGAUCGACGCACUCGUGAUUCUCACUAGCGCUGUGCCCAAAAUGAAACCUGGGUUUGAUCCCACAAAAGGUGGCAGGCCCGAGUUCAUGUUCGACGAUGGACAAUACCCUGAACAGGUUGAUUGGAUUGGGCAGAAGAACCAAAUUGAUGCUGCCAAGGUUGCUGGUGUGAAGCAUAUUGUCUUGGUUGGGUCCAUGGGUGGAACAAACCCGGAUCAUCCUCUGAACAAACUGGGAAAUGGAAACAUUCUGGUUUGGAAGAGAAAAGCUGAACAGUACCUUGCUGAUUCUGGAACUCCUUACACAAUAAUCAGGGCUGGAGGACUUUUAGAUAAGGAAGGCGGUGUACGAGAGCUGUUAGUCGGCAAAGAUGACGAGCUUCUUCAGACUGACACUAAAACCGUCCCUAGGGCUGAUGUUGCAGAAGUCUGCAUUCAGGCAUUGCUGUUCGAGGAAGCCAAGUUUAAAGCUUUCGAUCUCGGCUCAAAACCGGAGGGAACUAGUGCUCCGACCAAAGACUUUAAGGCUCUCUUCUCUCAAGUCACUGCUCGUUUUUAAAUCUUUAUCAUUGUUGCGAAUGAAUAAUGAGACUGAGAAUAAUUUGGGAUGUUGUAACGUAUCGAACCUCUUUAAAAAAUAAAAUCUCCAGGUUUCAGUUUGAAAAGAGUCCAUAAAAUUAAGUACAUACCUGAUAUUGAUUUCAAAGAAAUUCGUUUGGGCCAGAAUUAUAAAAAGUUUAUAUUUGGGGAA